CCGUUUAAGAUCCUCGUUGUAGCACCACGGCGUUAGCACGAUGAGCGGCUCAAACGUCAAAAAGGGCUCUUCCUCCAGGAUGGUGGAGUGGAUCAGCUCUGCCUGCCGGUUUGCAAGUGACAGAAAUGACUUCAGAAGGAAUCUUCUGGUCAACUUGGGCUUGUUUGCUGCAGGUGUUUGGGUAGCAAGAAAUCUCUCUGAUUUUGACUUGAUGUCUCCUCAGCCGGUGACAUAAUGAGGUCACACAUUGAAACCAAAACCAGAUUGGUGUCUUGGACCAACAAGAAGGAAACAUGAGACACCAAUAAAUACAGAAGUUUCCCUGACUACUUACGCUUUGGAAACAGAUCGUCUCAUUUACAGUAGUCAUUUGAUUUUUGUUUAUAUUAGCUGUGAAACAUUAUUACAUUUAAAUAGCAUCUUUAUUAAUGGGCUUUUUUUGA